GAUCCCACAGUAGUACACAAGAGAACAGACAUUGUAAACCACAUCACCAGUUUAAAGAAUCUGAUUGUGCUCCAUGUGCAUCCCUCUUGAAGCUUGGCACUCUGUUGAAGAGGACACUCAUCCCAGGUAGAGAGGGGGACGGGAAACUGGGUCAAUUGAAUCUAUGUCUUUUUUUUCCAUCAGAUCAAGGCUGCUUAACUGGAAUCCAUUGACUUCCUGAGGUCCGUGACCUCUGAAAUCCCUUGCCAAGUUUUGUUUAUGCAUUUGUGCAUUUCUUAGGGAAGAGGGUCCAUAUCUUUCAUCAGAUUUUCAAAGGGAUCUAUAGAUUCAGAAGUUAAGCGCUUAUGGCACCAGAUGAUGCUGUUUUCCCUGAAUUCUUGUGUAUUUCGCAAGCUGGAAUGACGGGAAAUUGGAAAUGCAAAGGGAAGUAGGGGGUCGGGUAAUGCUAGGUAAGCAAUUGCAAGAACCUUUUCUCAUUUAAGGGGGAUAUAUUUUAGAUAUCUUUGGCACAUGAAGCAGCCUUCAAAAGUUAUAUUGUCUAUUUCUCAAAGGGAAUACAGGAAGCUCGAAAUAAAAAGAGGAGAGGAGAUGGAAUAGGUGGGGUGUAUAAUAAAAUUGGCAUGUGUAAUAAAUAGGAUUCAGAAUGUGCUCUGCAACUGUGGCACAUCAUUUCCCUUCUAGGGAUCUCAGUUUAGUCAUCUAUAAAAUGAAAGGACUGAAAAUAUAUUUAAGACUCCUUUUAGCUCGAUCACACCUUUCAUGAAAGAUUUCUCUGUGGGCCAGAGAUACCUAAAAUUAACCUGCAUUAGGAAGAAAGGGAUCCUGUUUUGCCUGCCUCAUGUUGUGUAUGGCUCUGCAAGAAGGAAGAGAGCUUCAUUACAAAUGCAUAUUUCAUAAGACUGAUGAAUUUCAGAAGAGCAGUUUUGUGAAUUUUUGUCUUACCUUUCACCAGAAGGUAAAGGGACACUUAAGUAAAUACUGAAUGUGUUGAACGAUUUGACUCAAGCUUUUUUCCUUGAUAGCAGUAUAUAUUAAUAGAGAUAUAUGAACCCACUUGCUUGUUAAAGUAAAAUUAUUUCUUAAGUUCUGUGAGUUAAGUAUAAGUUCCGAAUCAUCCAUUUGUAUUUUUUUCUUUUAUUGAGUUAGCUGUUUAAACCAGAAAUUCUUGAGAGCCUGUUUUAACUUCAUUAUUCUAGAAUGAAGAGAGUAAUUUUAAACCCUUUAAUGUGUUUGCAGUCAUUAUUUAGAAGCAAGGUCCUUGAAUGAGAGCGAUUAUCGGGACCGGAGAUACAUUGAUGAAUACAGAAAUGACUACUGCGAACGAUAUGUUCCUAGACAUUAUCUCAGAGACAUUGAAAGCGAUUAUCGAAUCCACUGCAGUAAAUCUUCAGUCCAAAGCAGGAGAAGCAGUCCUAAAAGGAAGAAUAAUAGGCACUGUUCAAGUCAUGAGUCACGUUCGAUGAAAUCGUGGACACUUUGGGAGAAGGGGCCUUUGGCAAAGUUGUAGAGUGCAUUGAUCAUGGCAUGAAUGGCAUACAUGUAGCAGUGAAAAUCGUAAAAAAUGUGGGACGAUAUCGUGAAGCAGCCCGUUCAGAAAUCCAAGUAUUAGAGCAUUUAAAUAGUACCGAUCCCAAUAGUGUCUUCCGAUGUGUCCAGAUGCUAGAGUGGUUUGAUCAUCACGGUCAUGUCUGUAUUGUGUUUGAACUCCUGGGACUUAGUACCUAUGAUUUCAUUAAAGAAAAUAGCUUUCUGCCAUUUCAAAUUGACCACAUCAGGCAAAUGGCAUAUCAGAUCUGCCAGUCAAUAAAUUUUUUGCAUCAUAAUAAAUUAACCCAUACAGAUCUGAAGCCUGAAAAUAUUUUAUUUGUGAAGUCUGACUAUGUAGUCAAAUAUAAUUCGAAAAUGAAACGUGAUGAACGCACACUGAAAAACACAGAUAUCAAAGUUGUUGACUUUGGAAGUGCGACAUACGAUGAUGAACAUCACAGCACUUUGGUAUCUACCCGGCACUACAGAGCUCCAGAGGUCAUUUUGGCUUUAGGUUGGUCUCAGCCUUGUGAUGUUUGGAGCAUAGGUUGCAUUCUUAUCGAAUAUUACCUUGGUUUCACAGUCUUUCAGACUCAUGAUAGUAAAGAGCACCUGGCAAUGAUGGAACGAAUAUUAGGACCCAUACCAACACACAUGAUUCAGAAAACAAGAAAACGCAAGUAUUUUCAUCAUAAUCAGCUAGAUUGGGAUGAACAUAGUUCUGCUGGUAGAUAUGUUAGGAGACGCUGCAAACCAUUAAAGGAAUUUAUGCUUUGUCAUGAUGAAGAACAUGAGAAACUGUUUGACCUGGUUCGAAGGAUGUUAGAAUAUGAUCCAGUGAAAAGAAUUACCUUGGAUGAAGCAUUGCAGCAUCCUUUCUUUGACUUAUUAAAAAAGAAAUGAAAUGGAAAUCAGUGCUCUUACUAUACUUCUCUAGAAGAGAUUACUUAAGACUGUGUCAGUCAGCUCUAAACAUUCUAAUAUUUUUGUAAACAUUAAAUUAUUUUGUACAGUUAAGUGUAAAUACUGUAUGUUUUGUAUCAAUAGCAUAAUUAUCUUGUUAGCAGAUAUGGUCUUGAUCAUGAGUGAAAUAUAAAAGCUAAAAUUAAUUUUCCUUUUUUGAGAUUAAUUACCAUUUUUUAAAGACCUUUGGAAUAUCUUUUGUGUCCAGUGAUAAAUGUGAUUGAUCUUGUCUUUUGUACAUGGAGGUUUACUCUUUGAAAUGAUUUUUUUUUUCUUUUUUUUUUCUUUUGAGUAAAAGGAAAUCUUGACUAUUUCGUUCUUAAAUGAAUAUUCUUUAUAUACCUCAAACUUUUCUUAACUUUAAAAGUUUUUUCUGUAAUUGUUGAACAGGUAAUAAGUAUUAUUAACUCUAGGUAGGCAGAUAUUAGAAACCAAAACCCGUAGGAAAUGUUUGCUGUUGGAAUUUCAUUAAAUUUUAAGUAUCGUGUUCUGUUUCAUUGGGUGAUGUCACUGGUGGUAAGUAGCAUUCAUGAAAAGACAUCCGACUUGUACAUCGUGAUAGGUUAAUAAAACUACACACACACUUCAUUUAAGAUUAAAGUCUAACUGAAAAUUAGCUUGGAAAGUUCUGUUUUCCAAUGGCUAUAUAUAUAGUUAGUCACAAGCAUAGAAAUAGGAAAUCUGAUGACUGAGGUUUUUGUUUUUAAUGCCAUAUCUUUGAGAGCCUUGAAAUUGUUCAGUAUCUGUUUCCUUACCAUAUGAAGUGUAAAUACUUAAACCUCAGCCUAUGAAACUUUAAGGUUAUUAUUAAACAACUUAUGUUUAUGUUCAUCUUUAUUGGAAAGAAAAAGAAAAAGAUGGUUUGAUUGGAAAACACUUGGAAAGAAAACUGCGGAAAUUUCCAGACUCUGGUUAACGUGAUGAACUUUUUGUUUGCCUGUGGGUUUACCUGUUUUCACGUUUUUUUGUAGAAUUCAUGAUUGGUUAUCCAGAUACAGUGUCCCCAUUCCUGAAGUUCAUUACCAAAGAUUUGAGUUUUAUCUGUAUAUUUUGAACAUAAAAUGCAUGUAAUUUUUUGGUAUGACAAAUAGUGAAACCAAGGUGGAUUUCUCUACAUGAUCCACCAGCAACAUUUGCACAUACAGUAAAGCUAUGUCCUGAAGUUCACUAGGAGUUUAAGAAAGCUGAAAUAAAUUUUGCCAUAGAAUCACUGCAUAAGUUAUGCUUAGGCCUCUGAUGCAGUCCAUAUAUAGUUGAACUAUGUUAUACACGAUAAGAUUUUUUAAAGGAGAUUAAAGAAAAGGUUUUUUCUGAACGUAGUAAUGUUACAGAGAUUAAGAAGUCAGUCAUCCUUUUUCCUCUCAUUUCCAUAGUGCUAGUGCCACUGUACUUACUACAUAAGCCUCUUGACCUUUCCCUACAAGUGUUCCAAGUUCCCAAAUUAAUGUUUACUUUCUCCCCCAUCAGAAACUCAUUCCUUUGGAGUAGCUGAUCUCAGGAAUAGGAGGAAAAAAAAAUGUCCACAUCAUUUCUUACUUAGAAGUUAAUGAUUGCUAACCCCUUUCCCUUCUGAAAAGUAUUUACAUUCUUCACUAAGGGUAUUAUUUGCUAGUUCCUAGGCCUAAUUCAUGGAAGUUUAGGAAUUAAAGUGAAACUUCAGUGAAUUAGAAGAAAAGUUUAGUGGUGAAGGGUGGUCCCUCUGGUAUCAUAUUAGUGUCUACUGCUAACCUUCCGUCCUAUUUUCAGGUUCCUACUCUUAAUUGCCUUUUUCCUUGUACUUCUGAACUCAUUUUCUGAAAGCAUGAGGUUGUUUGACAGUGUUGGGAGUUUCAGCACUAACAGGAAAGGUUUAGAAUGGCCAGUGUAUAAAUGUGGAUCUUUUGUAACUGGGUAUUUUCCCUAAUGAUUUGGUGUCUCAUAGUUUACCAUUUCUAGAAAUUAUAGUGAUGUCAAACUUCAUUUUAAAAGUGCAGCUAAGUAAGUUAUUUCCAGUGUUUUCUGCUACUGCUUAUUUUUUCAGGUGUUCUCAUCCAUGCAUUCAUCAAAAAUUUUGGAGUAGAUGAAUAAAAUUGACUUCUGCUCUUACCCAGUUGAGAGUAGCGAAGUACCCAGUGAAGUUUUGUAGCUCAUACAGCUGAAAACUAUUCCUCUGAAUAAUCUUGAAGGGCUAGAUGCUAGAGAAAUUAGAAGUGACACCCAAGACUCCAGUAAUUGUGGCUGAAUUGUGGUUUAGAUUCGGGUACCCUAGCUUCUAGUGUUGUGCUUUCUUGUGAUAAUAUACCGUACUGAGUUUUAAAACUCCUAUAUCCUGAGAUCAGCUACUCCAAAGGAAUUCUUGUUCAUGGUUCUGUGAAGUGACUUGGAAUGAAGUGAAUGUAAUGAUUAAUAGUUUAAUUACUUGGAUUCCUUUUUUUUUCUUCACAUUUUUCUGCAGUAGAUAUGUAGCUUCAACCACCAAAAUGGUUAAAAUGGUAUGGUAAUUUGAAAAUAUAUUCUGCUUUAAGUAGAUAGGCAGAUAACCUAUGUCUAAACUUACCUUGACAUCCUGGAAUGAAAAAACACCUCCUCAGUUAAUGGCCUGGCUUUUUAACUCUUCCAUUUGAAAAUUUCUGAUUCCUGCAAAAUUUGGUGCACGUAAGGUAUUUUAAAUUUAAAUAUUGCUCAACAAGCUACAUUUUCAGGGAAUUCCCUGAUGGUCUAGUAUUUAAGACUCUGCUUCCACUGCAGAGGAUACAGGUUUGAUCCCUGGUUGGGGGACUAAGAUACAGCAUGCUGUGCAGCCAAAAAAAAAAACCCUACAUUUUCAAAUAUAAUGGUCAGAAGAAUUCACAAGUCAUAAUAGUAUUAAUAGUGUCAGUAAUUGUUGGCUUAGUAGAUUGCACAUUUGCAAAUAGAAAAUUUAUUAAAAGAGUUGAUCAUUUGAUCACAAUUUUUAAGAGGUCGCUAUUUCCAGCUGAAUCUUUUGGUUUUGGUUUUUUUCCAUUUUUCUUUUUUAGAAGGAAGGUAAAGUUUUAAGUCAGGUUACUUUUACAACUCUGGUCAAUCCAGCCUUAUGGGGUAUAAUUAAAAGAGGUAAUCUUAAUGUGAGCACACUUAAUUUGAGUCAUUUGGGGCUAGUUCCAUGUUAGUAAUUUUUUUUAAAUAUGUAAAAGUUGAAUAAUAAACCUCUAUAUAUAGCCUACCUUAAAAAAUUAAAAACAUUUUGCAAAUUUUGUUUCAUCUGUUCCCCAACCUAUUUUUAUGUUGUAUUUAAAUACAAAUGCCAGAUACUAUAUCAUUUCACCCAUAACAUCUCUGUAUAUAUCUUUUAAC